AUGACCAGACUUAGAACAUUAGAAACCUGUCUGGUCAGGGUAGGUAAUAAGGAUAUGGACCUCAUACCUCAAAUGAAGCUCUAUUGAGAGAAAUGUGAGGCAGGCGAGCCCAGGAACAUGUGAAUAAUGUUAUUACUCUCUCUUACAUAAGGGGAAGAUAAUAUCAGAGCAGAUCUCUCGAACACUGUGCUCUGUUCCUGGUUUGUGACAGAAUACAAAGUUCAUUUGUAGUGCUCCAGGAAUACUUCUGUUUUUUUCUUUGUUAUAUUGCUAGAAAGGUUGAAGUAUUUUGUGCAUUUUAGAAUUCAAAGAUACUGAACUCUCUAUACUGUAUUAUAAUAUAUAAUGGAUUGAUAUGGUUAGUGUCACUUCACACUUAAAACAGCAUGUGCCUUUGAUCAAAGCCUAUAUCACAAUGUAUUGAAUAGCGUUACGCUUGUACCAGUAUUUAGGACAUUAUAUAGAGCUAAACUCUAUCACCUUGUUCUUUUAUUACACUGAGAGAAUCCCUUGUAGAGCUUUAUAAAAUGAUACGUUUGCAUCCUGGAUGCUGAUAGGUUGAUAGCCGUUAGUUAUUGAAGAUAAUCAAAUCAAAUCAAAUUGUAUUUGUCACAUGCGCCGAAUACAACAAGUGUAGACCUUACAGUGAAAUGCUUACUUACAAGCCCCUAACUAACAAUGCAGUUUUAAGAAAAAUAAGUGUUAAGUAAAAAAUAGAUAAGUAAAAAAUAAAAAUAACAAAUGCCUGUUAACAGUUCCAUUUGAAUUAUCAAUGCACAUCCACUGUCCUACAGCCCAUCCAGGCAAUUCAUAAACUUGAUCUCCACUGGAAAAAAGUAUCUAGACAUUGUUUCCCAUUGCUUGUUGCCUAGCAUUUGAUUUUCAAUAGAGCUGCAUUAUCUGUGACUCACUGCCUCUCUGUCUGGAUGUGAUGCAGGCUUUGCAGGGACACCUGGUUACCUGUCUCCUGAGGUCCUGAGGAAGGACCCAUAUGGCAAAGCUGUGGACCUGUGGGCAUGCGGUAAGCAGGACGACUUUCAGAUAUCCACCUCUUUCCUUGUUUGUUUCUGUCUACAUCUACUGUAAGUUGCUGCUGCCUAAAGAAAACAUGAUAUAGACUUCACAACUGGUGUGAUGCGUUUCCUAAUUUCUUCAUCUCAAGAUUUAUGUUAUCUAAUUUGGCCAGACUGUUGUGCUGAUACAAAACCUGCCCGCCUCAAUGUCACAGAUUAUUUAGUGCAUCAGUUUAUUUAUGGGAGUCUGUUUCAUCCAAAAGUGCAGAGAUUAGCUUUCAGUCAGAGAAGAGAAGGCAGCAGUGUGUUGAUCUGAUCUGAGCUCUCUCUCUAUGUCUAUAUACAUACAGUACCACAGGCCUCAGUACCACAGGCCUCAGUACCACAGGCCUGAGUACCACAGGCCUCAGUACCACAGGCCUCAGUACCACAGGCCUCAAUACCACAGGCCUCAGUACCACAGGCCUCAGUACCACAGGCCCCAGUCCCACAAGCGUCAUUACCACAGGCCUCAAUACCACAGGCCUCAAUACCACAGGCCUCAGUACCACAGGCCUCAGUACCACAGGCCUCAAUACCACAGGCCUCAGUACCACAGGCCUCAGUACCACAGGCAUCAGUACCACAGGCGUCAUUACCACAUGCCUCAUUACCACAGGCCUCAGUACCACAGGCCCCAGUACCACAGGCAUCAGUACCACAGGCCUCAAUACCACAGGCCUCAGUACCACAGGCCUCAAUACCACAGGCCUCAGUACCACAGGCAUCAUUACCACAGGCCCCAGUACCACAGGCCUCAGUACCACAGGCCUCAGUACCACAGGCCUCAAUAUCACAGGCCUCAAUACCACAGGCCUCAGUACCACAGGCCCCAGUACCACAGGCCUCAGUACCACAGGCCUCAGUACCACAGGCCUCAAUACCACAGGCCUCAAUACCACAGGCCCCAGUACCACAGGCCUGAGUACCACAGGCCUCAGUACCACAGGCGUCAUUACCACAGGCCUCAUUACCACAGGCCUCAGUACCACAGGCCCCAGUACCACAGGCCUCAGUACCACAUGCCUCAGUACCACAGGCCUCAAUACCACAGGCCUCAGUACCACAGGCCUCAAUACCAUAGGCCUCAGUACCACAGGCGUCAUUACCACAGGCCCCAGUACCACAGGCCUCAGUACCACAGGCCUCAGUACCACAGGCCUCAGUACCACAGGCCUCAGUACCACAGGCAUCAUUACCACAGGCCUCAGUACCACAGGCCCCAGUACCAAAGGCCUCAGUACCACAGGCCUCAGUACCACAGGCCUCAGUACCACAGGCCUCAGUACCACAGGCGUUAUUACCACAGGCCUCAGUACCACAGGCCUCAGUACCACAGGCGUCAUUACCACAGGCCUCAAUACCUCAGGCCUCAGUACCACAGGCCUCAGUACCACAGGCCUCAAUACCAUGGGCCUCUGUGUCAACAAGGUGGCAGAAUUCAUCUCCUUGGACAUCCUCUGGUCUAUUUAG